AAAUCACAGUCUGAUUUCUUCCGUCCAGGGUCCUUCAGUUACCUUGAUGAUGUUCCAUUCAGGAUAGGAGAAAAAUUCAGAAGACCAGCGAAAGUUGGCCUCCCCAUUGGUUUCUAUUUGCCAGACUCUCCCCAACUGAUAACGGAAGCCCAGUAUGACUUCUCUCUGGAAAAGAAAACGAUCGAGUGGGCCGAGAACAUUAAAAGAAUCCAAGCUGUCCAGCAAGAAACGGAGCGGAAGGCCAGGGAGACGCUGGCCAAUGUGAAGGGGGGCUCAGAGGAGCACCUGCCCGAGGGUUGCGGCCUGGGGGCUGCCCUGUCUCUCCCCAUCAACCCCAUCCUGGCUGGCCUGCAUCACAACUCCAUCCUCACUCCCACUCCGGCCAACAGCAGCGCUUUGAAGCAAAAGGUCCUGAGUCCCUCCCACACCAAGGCCGACUUCAACCCAGCGGACUUCGAGUGCGAAGAAGACCCCUUUGACAAGUUGGAGCUGAAGACCCUGGAUGACAGGGAAGAACUGAAGAACAUCCUCCAGAUCCACGCCGACACCAUGGGGCCGAUCGUGGCCCAACUGCUGGACGGCGGCUUGCCUAAAGUGGCGCCCCCGUCGGUCUUGCAAGACCAGGAGGUCCUGGCCUCUUUGGAAAGGGCGGCUUUGGACCUCAAGCCCCUCCACAAACCCAACGGUCUCGUGACCUUGCCCCAGCUGGGUGGGUGCGAGAAGAUGUCCCUCUCGCCCGUGACGACGGUCAGCAACAUCAAGUCCCUCUCCUUCCCAAAGCUGGAUUUGGAUGAGAGCGACUUGCAGGCUGCAAGGCUGGCGAACACCUACCGAGCACACAACGGCACUUUCCUGGGCGCUUUACCGGACAAAGCCAAUGAACUGAAUGGACACCAUGGGACCGGGGCUCCUGCCUUUGCCGUGGACCCUGGCCUAGACACGAGAACGCUAUCCUCCGUGUCCAGAGGUCCUUCCCAGCCCACCUCCGUAGCAUGUACAGAAAACAUUCCGGCUCUCACUACAGCCACAGCGGUGACUCACCAAAGUUUCCUGACCUCUCAAGUGCCCAAGACCACCACCACCAGCAGCUGCGCCAAAGGGCCCGGCAUCUUCUCCUAUGGGGACGUGCUGCAGGACCUGCCCCCCAGAGAGCGGGAGUGUCUGGAAAUCGCCGUGGGCAUGGGCUAUUCGUACGAAGAGGUCUUGAAAGCGAUGAAGCGGAAGGGGCAGAGCAUAGAACAGAUUCUGGAAUACCUGGUUGUCCAUGGGCAACUCUGUGAGAAGGGCUUUGAUCCUCUCCUGGUAGAAGCUGCUCUCGAAAUGCGUCAGUGCUCGGAAGAGAAGGUGAGCAUUCAUUG